AUGCAUACAUCUACUUUACUUUACAUUGAGUCUAAUAUUAAGAUUCAGAAUCUUUGUAUUGGAUUGCUAGGAGCAAUUUGCUCUAUAGUUAGUAGCACUUUCAAUCAAAGUGAAUUAAGCUGCCAAGCAACAACUUGGAUAUCUCUUUUGUACAUUGUACUUAUAGACUACAUUCUCCAAAUCCGAGUAUUAGCACUGUACCAGAAUAACAAGAAACUUUCAUUCUAUCUGAAAAUACUUCUUAUAAUAGAAGGAGGCACUUCUCUUGGCAUUCCUAUCUACAUUUAUUGGAAUCAAGAUAUUUAUAGGACUGAGCUUCUAAAGGGGAUCAAAAUACUAUAA